UAUUAUUUUAUUUUUGGAUUAAUUAUUUAUGAUUUUAUUUUUUAGGAUCAAAUUGGAUAUCUGGUAAAAAAAUCUAAAAUUUUUCGAAUAUUCGGGAUACCGAAUAUCCGGAUGGGUAUAGAUCGACUCGACUCGAAUACUUGAUUAUUCGGACGAAACAAAUUGGAUCAUGAAUAUCUUUAAAAACCAGAUAUUCGAUCGGUGCCCACCCCUACCAAAUUACUUAGAUGGGUUAAAGAAAACCGUUACGAUAGACCAUGGUUUUUUACUAAAACCUAAUACAAUAACUUUAUGUGCUUACUUUUUUUUUUCCGGAACAACUUCCUGUGCUUACUAGAAUCUAAAUCUUACCUUGUUUUUAAUAGGUUAAACUCCAACCAUCGAACCACAGUGACAUCAAGUUUGGUACAGGGAGUCUACUCAAUGCAACAGGAUAGGAUAAAGAAACGGAAAGCACUAGCCAACCCCUGGUGGGAAUCCUUUGGUUUCUCUUUAGACAAGUGCUUGAUCAACGAAGGUGAUAACUCCAUAUACGGCGCCGUUUUCAAGUAUAAAAACGACCAGAAUAUACCUCAUUCGGGAGUGCCUCCGAGUUACGUGAUUGCCUUUCGCGGCACGAUGCUAAAAUUCAAAACUUGGCGUAAUGAUUUGGAAGAAGACCUUCGAUGCUUGUUCAACAACCUUAGUAACGGAACUAGGUUUAAACAUGCCAUACAAACAAUCGGAACUGUGCUCGAGAAACACAGUACCGAGACAAUAUCUAUCUGGCUCACUGGACACUCUCUCGGAGCAGGUAUAGCGUUGUUGGCUGGGAAGACCAUGACGAAACGUGGAUUCCCUCUCGACACUUACGUAUUCAGCCCGCCCAUCUCGUCUAUUCCUCUAGAGAAACUACCUGGUAUUGAUGUGGUUAAAGACAUGUUUCGAUUCGCCGAGUGUGUCUUCAAAGUGACCUUAGCCGUGCUCUUUGAUCUCCCGACUCAAGUAGACGAUCCAAGAAUAGCAGCAUGGACACCUUACGUAUAUGUGAACCCAUCAGAUAUAGUCUGUGCAGAAUACAUUGGUCUUUUGAAACACAAAAACGUCAUGGCUGAUUUCGGAUUAAGUGAAUUUGAGAUUCUUGGUGCUGGAAUGUCUAUCAGGAGUCUAGUUUUCGGAGCAGAAAUAGGAGAACCUAUUCAACUUCUUUCGUCAGCCGAUAUGACGGUAAACAAGAAUAAACCUAUUGUUGAGACAGAUAAUGUGCUUAAGAAAUGGUGGUAUAAGUUUAAGAAGGCUCAUGCUCUUGCGCAAUGGUGGGACCCAAACCCAGCCCUUCGGGCAAAUUGGGAAACCCACAGCAUUAGACCAUCUACACUAUGUCUGGACAUGGAUCCAAUAUCCUCCUCUUGACCCCUUUUCUAAGGAUUUUCCUUGGUAUAUGUUUGGGAACCAUCUAUGAUCUAUCUACUACUUAUUCGGUUUCUUCAACUUUUCAUUUUGUUUUUGUGUUUCCAUGUGUGUUUGAAACGCUUGUUACGUUGUAAAAGCUCUUUGAAAUAUUUUAUGUGUGGGUCAACCUCUUUGAGAUA